AAACUCAUGACCACUUGACCUGUGACUAAGAAUAGCGUAGACUUGAAUGUGAGCGAAAUGGCGUCGAGACUGGAUGACUUUCAACAGUCUAUGUAAUGCUUUUAAUUGUGGAGAAUCUGACGGGGGUUGGUUGUGACGCACGGCAACGUUUUGUUCUAUAAUUGAACAUUCGGGAAGACCACAUGGUUUGAGGCACUUUGAGUGUUCAUGUGGCUCCUUCUACUUACAGCAUGCAACAAUCAGUCUACCUGUCAGCGGAGGUUAAAGAGCACAAGACACUCAGGGGAGGACCAGGCGGGAACAGUGGUGCCUUGAUCUCCCAGUCAGAUUGCACUCUGGUGCUGACCCUCAUCAGUGAGCUGAGACCGUCAGGACCGGGUGGUGAGGCUGUUCUGAAGGAAAUCUGACUGAAAUCUGAGGAAUAUUCAUCUGAGGAUUCAGUGUAUCAUGCACACUGAGCGUUAAGGUCAAUUAUAAUUCACAGAGCAGCGAGUGUAUUUCAAAUUCAAUGAUGAAUGGGCUCUGCAGGACAUCUCUGGACCUCCAGGACCCAAAGAGAAUACAUAUCGCAUGGAAAUCAAGAGUGCAAAAAUACUUCAUUUGUAGUCCACUACCAUGGAAGAAUAUCAUCAGACAGGAAUCAAAUGAAGCCAGCCUACUGGAAGAAUCUCUUGAGACACUUCUUUCCCAGAAAUGUGGACAAAAAGCAUUUUGGUACUUUCUCAAGUCGGAGUUCUGUGAGGAAAACCUGGACUUCUGGCUCGCGUGUCAAGAGUUCCAAACCUGUGACAGUCCAGAGGAGCUAACGAGGAGAGCAGCAAGCAUUUAUGAAGAGUUCAUCGGGGACGAGUCCCCCAGACAGGUGAACAUCGAUUUCUACACGCGAGAGAUCAUCAGUCAGAGUCUCCAGCAACCAAGCCCAUCGUGUUUUGUUGUGGCACAAAAGAAAAUCUACAGCCUGAUGGAAAACGGCUCCUUCCCCCGCUUCAUCCAGUCUGAGAAUUACAAAGUCCUGUUUGAUGGAGCUGUUAAACAGAGACGCCAGACACGGAGCAGACACUUCCCCUUCCCUCAAAAUGUCACUUCAACAACUUAAUGCAUGACAAGGCUGAGAGCUGUGCCAGUGCAAUGGUCAGAACAUACUGCAGGCAGUGAAAUCUGGCACAGAGUAAACACUGGACAUUUCCCAAAGUUAUUUGGGAAAUGUCUGUAUUUUUUGUAUUUUUUGUUUGUAUUUUUUGAGAUUGCACUUUAAGGUCAUCUUGACAUGUAUGCGUCGCAAUGCUAUGGACUUUAUUUUAAUUUAAAUGAAUGAAAACUGUUCAACUCAUUUAACAAAUCAACUGAAAGGACUGUGUCCUGUGGGUCUCUUAAAAAUGCACAAUGCAUUAUUACAGUGGGUGUGCUACUGCCAUCCAGUGGCGUUUUGGAAAAUGUACAAACAACCGUUAGGCCUGAAUGAAUUGAGGUACUGUCUCAGUUGUAAAAUAUUGUUUAUUGUAGUGUCCUCAUCAAGUCUCACAAAUAAAGAGGGUGUUUUUUC